AUGCGACGCUCCGCCUUUUCGCAUCGCUCGCUGUCUCGUCGCUCCGGAGAACCGCGAGAUGCCGUGACCGCAGCUUGCGCGGAGGCGCCUUCGACGUUUCUGGAGGAGUUGAUUGAGGAUACUCUCGACGAGAUUGACCAACCCCUGUCCUUCUAUUGCUCGCCUGCUCCGUGUCCUGCUCGGUCUUUGUCUGUUUCGGCGUCUUCGCCGCGUUUUGAGUUUGCUGAGCAAUCUCGAUGGGAGGCAUCGACGCAAGAGAAGGCUGUACGAGCAGCCACAGCGGCAAGCGCAGAGAAGAGAAGAGAGACAGAAGGAAGAGAAACGGGGAAAGGAAGAAGAGAGACAGGGGAAGGAAGAAGAGAGCAGGAUAUCGUGGAGCCGAUCUUGCCUCUCUCUUCUGACCUUGCAGCGUCUGUUGACGCACUUGUUGAGGCAGGGUUUUUCGCCGAGGCGCCCCUGCCGUCGCAUUCUCUUCUUCUUCCUCCCCGUACCAUGGUCUCUUCUUCCUCCUUGUCUUCUACUCUGUCUUCUUCGAUCUCCUGUUCCGCCGUUCAAGGCGGUGCCUCGUCGCUUGCUCCUUGGUCUGCCUCAGAAGCACGAAAAGAAAACCCCCAGUCGGAAGAAAACCGUGAAGACAUGGACUGCGUGAUUGGUGAAAUCAGUGGCGAGGCGGCGAGAUCUGCUGCGGUACCUCAGCUGUUCGCUUCCUCAGGUGUAUGUACACCCGAGAACAGCUCGUUUUCUUGCCAGUUCAGCACGCGCUCGGAACGCUGGUCGACAGACCGGGCGUCGCUUGGAGCCGUCGAGGACCGGGAGGAAGAAAAACACGGCUUCGUGUUUCGGCCCUCGAUCGCAUCUCGCGACAAGCAGCCUUCCGCAAGCUCGCCCGCCGGUGCGUUUCCCGAUGGCUUGUCGGACAGGCCUUCUCCCCUCUCUGCUCCUUCGACUCCUCACCCGGGGAAAGGGCUGAGAGAGACGCACUCGCGAGGCAGAUCUCAAAACGCACUCGUCGCCUGCCUAGACGGCCUCGCUGCGCAUGCAAGCGCCUUGAAGUUCUCUCCAGAGGGGGCGGCGCCGACGGCUAACCGGGUGAGCGGUGACGCAUCUUCGCCAGCUUCGCGCACGUCGCCUGAAAAAGGGACACAGGAGGAGACGGACGCGCUGUCAGAGCUCUCAACUGUCCUGGAAGCUGCUCUGAAGCUGCUGGAUGGCACAGAAGAAGAGAGGGAAGCGGAAGGCAUCAGACAGAAGGAGACGGCGACUGCCGAGGAAGCGACGUCAGGGUGGAGACAAGUCUUUCUUUCUUGGGGUCGGGAUUCUCUUGAGACGAAAGCGGCGGGCGAGAGUCCACAGCGCAGUGGACCGAGAAGCGGAGAGCGACCGACAGAAUACGCACAAGAGUUGCAAGACGACCUCCUGGCUCUUUUUGAGGCCGGAGAGGACGCGGGUGAAGGGGCGAAUCUUUUGUUCGUCGCAGUCGGAGAGCCCUUUAGUCGUCUUCUCGGGGCGUUUGAGCCGUGGCUAGAGAGACAAGGAAGGAAGCUUACGGAGGCAGACAGAAUGCGGUACAUGAGACAAAUUCAGGUGUACAGACAGCUGGUUGAGUUGUGCGGGCGCCCAGACGACGCGAAGGACGGAGCACCUUUCGCCGAGAGGAAAAGUGCACGUCAAGUCGGUGAGCGGGGGAAAGACUUUCCAGCGAACCCCAGAGAAGAGGAAGACGGAAAAAGCAUUCAAAGUCACGAAAGAGCAGCGAGAGAGGUGACAGACACCCAUUUAACCUCAAACCAGACCGAUUCCUCGACCGAGAUGGCUUCCCCUCCUUUGACUCCCCCGUCUCCCCAUGAUUUGUCGUCUUCCAAUUCUUCAUCUUCUGUCUCGUCUUCGUCCUCGGAUGUCUCCUCUUCGUCCUCGAAUGUCUUGUCUUCGUCCUCGAACGCAUCUUCUUCGUCUUCUCUCUCCUCUUCGUCUUCUAUCUCUUCAUCAGUCUCUCACCCCCUUCCUGUGCGUGGGAAGUUCGCUCGCCUGCAGGCGCUGCUGGAUGAGCUCCGAGAGUACGGGGAACCCCCUGAGGAAGUGCUGGACGCGUUGAUGCCUGAAGCCGAGGAAAGAGAAGACGCUGCAGCCGAAAGACGAGAAGAUUGCCAUGUAUCACACCGCGUGAGAGCGGAAAGAGAUGCGUCUAUUAGCCGACCACAACGGGAACAGAAGUCUGCAUGUGCGCCGCACUGUCCAGUCCACGAGGACUCAGAAUCUUCCCCUUCCCUGAGAUCACCCCCUCCUUGGAAAGAAGGGAGAAGCUCCGCGACGGAAGAAGGGACACACCGUGGAGCCGUCUCGUCUUCGGCUUCCUGUUCUGUGCCUUCUCCAGAGUCGUCUUCUUCCUCUUCUUCUUCCUGUUCUUCGUUGUGUCGUUCCCCUGAGCGUCUCCAGAAGACGGUCGCGGACGUGACUUCUCCCCUUUUAGCUCAGCAGAGAGAGGGCUUGUCCAGGCGACUCGCGCGCGAAGAGGGAGAAGGCGACGAGAAAGUGGAGGCACAAGGGAAAGGAGCGAACGCACCAGACACUGAGAAAAAAGAGAAGAAAAAGGAGAAAAAAGAGGAGAAACAAAAGAGAACAGAGGAGCAAGUCGACAAGGGUGACGAGGAGAUGCUCCGGGACUUUCUCAGCUUCGUUGAGGCACUAGAAACCCACGCAGGAGGCGAAGGCGAUGAACUCAAACACCUGCUACGGAAGCCGCUUGAGAAAUUGCUGGAAGGAGAACUGGACGAAGACGAGCUCUUGGCGUUCGUAGAGAGUAUCGACACAGUCACCCAAUCCGAGGCAAGCUGGAAGGCAGGGAGGCCGGAGGCGAAAAAAGAAAACCAUAUGAAACAAAACGAAGGGAGCAAACGAGGAAGCGAGCGGUCGAAUCCUGAGGACGGAUGUCGUCAACAAUGA